AUGACUUACCGGGAAAUCGUGGCCAACCCCGUGCAGGCCCGGUUCAACACCAUUCACGGCAAGGCACGGAACAUUAUCGAGCGGGCCUUCCGAAUGAUGAAGGCUCGUUGGCGGUCCAUCUUCCUCAGGGCCCUUGAGGUGAAGCCAGCAUUUGCAUCGGAGGUGGUCACCUGUUGUGCCAUCCUCCACAACAUCUGCAUGGACAACGGUGACCUCUUCGAGGCCGAGCCUCCCCCUGAGGAAGAUGGACCGCCUCCCUGUUCUGAUGCGGCUUUAGGGGAAAACCUGCGGGACCGACUGGCUGCAGCAGUGUCUGCCCCAGAGGUUGUGGUUGCUGUCCUCCAGGACCAUGAUUAUUGUUGA